AUGAAUGGGAGGAAAAUAGAAGUUGAGGAACCAACUCAUGGAUCACCUAAUGUGAAGGCUCAGAGGCAAAAAGAGGGAUCUUCUCAAACUGUUAUAUCACCUUGCAUGAAUACUCAAAUGAUGCCUGAAGGUGAGGGCCAACCACCUCCUUCAACUUUGUGGUGUGACACCGACUUUGAUAACCUCUGGUUCAAAAUUUAUCAUCUGCCAUUCUCCAACGAAUGUCCCAGAGACUACCAGGCCCUUCAACCUAAAUCAACUCAUGCAACUGGAAGCAUGAAGGAUAAACUUCUAAUAAGGGCAUUGAUGUUGGAGGACAUCGACUGA